AUGUCGUCGUCUACUGGCAACAAGAUGCUUUUGGACCAUCUCCAAAAGCUCACCGUCCAGCAUGAGCGCGAGCAAGCCAUGAAGGCUGCUUCGGCCCCUUCCAAGGCUUCUGACUCUUUCCUGGGCCACCAGACUACUGCCUUCGACUCUCGCAAGUCGGUUGGCACGUCUUCGUCCUCGUCCAUCUCGGCGGAUGCUGAGCGCGGUGGCGGAGUCAAGCUCACGGGUCCCAGUGCAAUCAGUACCGCCAACAACCCUUACGCCUUGCUCGGUGAGGAUGCGACUUCUGACUCUUGUCUUUCGACUCACAUGGAUGUCUUAUCCCUUCGAGGAAGCCCCGCCAGUUCCGCCCGCCGUUCGCAGGCUGCAGCUAAGGCCUUACGCCCUACCUCUUCUGCCACGGCCGCUGUCCGGACGUACAAGUAUCCUCCCCAGGAGACCGAUGAGGAGAAUGAUGUAUUCAAGGACACCUUCGUCAGCUCAAAGGAGCGCCCCUUGGUUGUCUCUACUGGCUCCUACAGUCUCGGCCAGGCCCAUCUACAGCAGCCAGGUUUGAAGGGUAAGGGUUCCGCUCAUAGCGGUGAGUACGUUGGCGGAUCUCCCAUCAAGGGCGGCUCUUCCUACAUGCGCAACCCAGUCGACCCUCAGGCGACCUACCCAACUGGUGCUUGCAUCUUCGUCGCCAAUCUGCCUGAGUACAAGGAUGACGUCACCCUUGAAGCGGCUGUCAUCAAGGAGUUUGAGCGAUUCGGAGUUGUCUUCGUCAAGAUUCGUCGUGAUCCACAGGGUAUGCCCUUCGGCUUUUGCCAGUUCACCACCAAAGAGGAUGCUGAAAAUGCUCGCAUCAACGGCAAGGGUUCCUUGAUCCUCGGGCGCCCCUGCCGCACCGAGACAGUUCGCGCCAAUCGUACAUACAUCAUCUUCCGUCGUGAUGGAACCGAAAUCACCAUGGAAGAGGCCAACGAGCUCAUGCGUCCCUUCGGCACGAUCGAGACCUUCCGCGUCCUUGAUCCCCAGAUCCGGGACCAGCUUCAGCUUCCCGUCACAAUCAGAGUUCAAUUCGAGGUGUUCGACCCGUCUCAGCAGGUUCUUCGUGCGUUCCGUCUCAACAAGACGUACAAAGUCGAGCCUUUCGACUUCAAGAAGGCCAUGCAGGCCAGAGCUCGCAACGCCGAUCGCGCUUUUCUUGACUCGUACGAUCGCGAUCGUCGUUCCAUCUUUAUUGGAGACCUCCCUCUGAACUUCAGUGAGAACGAUAUCCGUAUCCUCAUGGAGGAGAUCGGUGGUGUAGUCUCGGUUCAGACCAAGCGUCUUGACUACGCUCGUGAAGGCCCCAAGCUCAUCGCUUUCGUUGAGUUUACCAAUGCCUCGUACCCCGACAUGGCCAUUGAGCGUUAUAACUUGAACCGCAUCGAGGGUUACACGAUUCGCGUCGAGCGGCGCACCGAUAGACGUCGCCGCGACGGUGGUAUUCACGCUCGCAACCAGGGCAACGGCCACAACUCGGGCUACGGCGCCAACUACAACGCCUUCAAUGCUGGCUCUACUGGAGGCAUGCCCCCUUCUACGCCUGCUCGCGAGCAAAGAGGAACCAUGGCUAUUGAGGCCGGUCCCUCCAUGUCUGGUGGCCAAACUACCCAGGGCACUCCUUCCAUCAUGCACGAUGCUUCGCAGCCUACCAACCAGGGCAUCGCCAUGGCCCCUGCCGGCCCUUCUCAUCAAGCGGCCCAGUCUAUGCAGCAGCAGAUACAGGCUCAUAUGCAGCAGCACGUGCCCCAGAUGCAGCAUCACGGACAGCAGUACCUUGCUCAGCAGCAGAUUCCUCACAUUGUUCAGAUGCAGCCCGGCACUGGUCAUUUCAUGGGCCAGGCUCCUAUGCAAUACCCCAUGGCCCCCCCUCCUGUCCCUACUCAGGUCGGCAGCCCCAUGCACAACAACAUGGCCUACAACCCCAACCCUUUCGCUGGUAGUCCCUACUCUCAGGGCACCUUUCCCCAAGGCACCGGCUCUUCCUUCGGUUUUGCCACCCCUCAGCAGACUCCUAUGCCGUUCUGGGGCUACGGUCAUGGCACUCCUCUUUGGACUCCGUUCCCCGUCGACCCCGCUGCUUUCGCAGCUGCGGCCCUCUCGUCGCCCGUUCGCCAGACACAACACGGUAUGGGUGUCGUUACUCAACCGGUUCCCGCUCAGAUGGAUAGCAACCAGGCCAACGGCACUCAGUCUGAGCCUGUCAUGACUGAGAGCACCCAGACUUACGCCACCUAG